AUGGAGCAGGGUGAAGAAUUCUCGAGACAAAUUUCCCUGUGGGGAACGACGCACCAGGAGAUCCUGAUGAGCAGCUCAGUGUGCCUACUCGGGAGUAGCCUCCUCAUUAUGGAAGUUGCAAAGGGGUUGAUGCUGAGCGGCAUAAGGAACAUUACCAUUGUGGACAAUACAUGUGUAACCACGGAGGAUGAAAAGUAUUACAUUUUCUCCAAUGGAUGUGAAAUACUAAAUGAGUACAAAUGCAAAGUGGUGAAAGAAAAUUUGAUCAGAAUGAAUCAGCUAGCCAAUAUUACAUGCAUUGUUAAGGACCCACUAGACUACAUGGAAGAGGUGGUCUCAAAUGGAGGGGACACGUACGAUGUGAUUAUUUGUAACUUGUCUGUAAGGUAUAAUUUGCUUGUUGAAAAAAUUUGUAGGAGGAAAGGAAAAAUAUUUAUAACGUGCCAUGGGGAAGGGUACUUGGGUUAUGUACAUGUGAGUGUGGGUCAGAACCACCUGUAUGUACACCCUUGUGAUAAAAAAAGGAGAGAAAAAUUCGAGUGGGCCAUUUAUACUCACUUGUCUCUGUCUCUAUAUGAAGAGCUGAAGGAAUACGUACGCAUGGUAGAUUAUGGCGCGAUUCGCGGCCCCGUGUGGAGGGACAAAAUUGUGUUCUUGGCCAAGUGUUACCAGGACUUUCUCGCAGGGCAGGGGGGCAGCACAGAGCGCAGCAAUGAGCGCAGCAACGGUAGAGGUGACGACCGACACGAUUGUGAUUGCCGCUUUUUGUUCUUCCUCGAUGAAAAAUUAAAGUUAAAGGAUGCCCCCCGCUUGCCCCCCCCGGACGAAACAACGUACAGGAUGCUCAGCCCGAGGAACAUCAUGCACAGGAUUAAAGAAGCUCUGCUUGUAAACCGAAAUGAAUGGCCCCCACAAAACCACAUUUUUAUAUUUCUUGUCUCUUUAAAGAGUUUUAUAAAAGAGCGGAAGGAGUUACCCCUCCUGGUGGACCUGAAAAAUGAGGAGCGUGAUGUUGGUGGGAUGACGACUUGUGUGGACAAAAUUUUGCUACAGAGAAAAGUGAAAGAUGAAGAACAAAUCGGGGCACUCAUUGAGAGGAAGAAACGAAAAUAUAAAUUUAAAAAAGCAUUUUCUCUGUCCCAUUUUGUGUAUUUCUUCUGGAAUUUUCUUUUUAUGCGAAGUGGCACGCGGGACGACUCCGCGUGGGGCAACUCCUUACGCGAGCACUUCCUCGAAUUUUCCCUUCUGUACGGCUUGGGAUUGAAGCCUAUUCGGGACGGACACCUGAGCGUGCGCGGAAGGGCGAAAACCGUCUGUCAACUUGACUGCAAUUAUGUAGACCAAAAGACGAGGGGAAAUUUACUGCUGUGCGGAAGACACAUGGACCUUAUACAUUUUGGUGAAAGAGGCCGGAAUGCAAAAAUUAAAAAGGAAAUAAAUAAGCUUGUUGAGUUAUCGGUGCCACAUGAUGAGAGAGAGACACACAUGGGUGGGUACAGCAAUGCGAAGGAGCUCCCUUUUUUACUCUCCUAUGUAGAUGUAAACACAAACGUUUUGUUCAACACGGUGCGGAAAGUGGAGAACACAUUUGACCGAUUGGUUUGUGACAUGGGGGGUUAUGGCGUGUGCGCCCAGAUGGUCAUUGCGGGCUUGGUGGCGCAGGAGGGGGUCAAAAUAUGCUCGCUGUACUUGGAGCCGCAGUCGAAUUCUUUCUUCUUCACCGCGGGGAAGGGGCGCGGUGGUGUAGGUUAG